AUGGCGAUUGACGCUGCUCUGGCAAGACUCCCGGCAGAAAUCAACUGUCCCAUCUGUCUGGAUAGCCUGCAAGACCCUGUCACCAUCGAAUGUGGGCACAACUUCUGUCGCUCCUGCAUCCAGCAGUCCUGGGCUGAUCUACAGGACAGGUUCCCUUGCCCUGUGUGCCGUCACCCAUGCCAACAGAGGUGCUUGAGGAGCAACACCCAGCUGGGAAAGAUGGUUGACAUGGCCAGGAUUCUCCAGUCCAUCAGGAGCAAGAAGAAGAGGCAGAAAGAGAGGCGCUUGUGUGAGCAGCACAACCAGGCCCUGACCCUCUUCUGUGAGGAGGACCUAGAGCUGUUGUGUCCCCUGUGCACUCAGCCCCCUGACCACCAGGGCCACCAGGUGAGGCCCGUGGAGGAGGCUGCCUCUCAUCACAGGCAAAGGCUCAGCAGUUACAUUGAGCCCCUGAAGAAGCAGAUUGCAGACCUUCAGAAAUCAAUAAGCAUCCAAAGCAAAAAACCCUUAGAGCUGAGAGAGAAGGUGGAGACCCAAAGGCUGGAAUUACUCUCUGAAUUUGAGCACUUGAGGCAGUUUUUAGAACGGGAUCGAGAAGCAGUUCUUUCAAGAUUAGCUGAUGAAGAAAAGGCUGUUGAAAAGGAACUCGGCGCUAAUAUAGCCGAAUUUUCAAAGUACAAUUCCACAUUCCAAGGCCUGCUAAGUCAGGUAGCAGAGUACACGGUGCUGACAGAUGUGGAAUUGCUGUUACAAAUCAAAAGUUUCUACAAGAACUCUGAGGUGCCCUUCCCAGCAACGUUUUCAGCGCAGUUACGGACGGAAGGCUGCAGUUUUCCUUUACAGUAUUCUGCUUUAAAGAAAAUUAUAAGGACAUUUAGAGCUGAUAUCAUUCUAGACCCUGAAACGGCACACCCUAACCUGAUUGUCUCUGAGGAUAAAAAAUGUGUGCAAUAUACAAAGAGAAUGCAAGACGUUCCUAUUUUUCCAAAAAGAUUUACAGUCAACACAGUUGUCCUGGGGCUUCCAUACUUUAAUUCUGGCAGGCAUUUCUGGGAGGUAGAAGUGGGAGACAAACCCAAAUGGGAGAUAGGGGUUUGCAAAGAUUUUCUGUCCACCAGGUUGAGGACGAGCCCGUCGGCCUGUCAGGGAUGCUGGCAGAUAAGGCGGGAGGGGAAUGUCUAUGAUGCCCCGGGAGCUGGUACCAUCCCUCUCUUGUCUGAAGUGAAUCCCACAGGCAUCGGCAUUUUCCUGGACUAUGAGAUGGGGGAGAUCUCAUUUUAUAACAUGACUGACAAAUCGCACAUCUAUACUUUCACUGACACUUUUAAUCGACCUCUUAGGCCUUAUUUCUAUGUAGGUCCUGACUCAAAACCUCUUAGGAUCUCUACAGGAACAGACUGAAUGAAAACUUUCUAAGUGACUGGACCAGUUUAAUAAAAUUUUUUUUAAAUGCAA